AAGCUUCUUAUAUGGUUUUCGCUGUCAAUUGUGAGAAACAUCGUGAAAAACAAGUGCAAAAUAAGCAAUAAAUUCAAUUAUUUUCAUUAUUCAUUAAUAUUAUUUUUUAAAAGAUAAUAAUUAUUGUAUAGCUUAUUAAUUAUUAUGAAGGGAAAACAUUUUGAAGAUGUUCCUUUUCUGUUGUUACAUUCCGGUUUUAGUUUUGAAUAUACGUUUUGGUUUAUAUUGUGCUUAGUAGUUGUAUUCUACGUUAAGUUUUUGUGGAACAGAAGAAAACUCUAUAUUUACUCAUGGAAAAUCGAAGGACCAUUUGCUCUACCGAUUAUUGGCGCAGCACAUCACUUUUUAGGACUUAAUAGCACAGGUUUUCUAAAGAAAGCAGAGUUGAUCCAAAGCAGAUAUAAAAAAAUAGUGAAAGUGUGGAUAGGACAUAAGCUGCAUUUUAUAAUAAAAGACCCAAAAUAUAUCGAGAAAAUCUUAACUAGUCCAGAAACGGUUGAAAAGGAUUAUUUCUAUGAAAAUUACUCAGCUGUGCUUGGUCCAGGAAUCUUCACAAAUCCUGAUAGAAUUUGGAAGAAAGAAAGAAAACUCUUAGGUCCUACAAUGAAUAAGCUGGUACUAAAUAGGUAUAUAAACAAGUUUUCGGAAUGUGGUUUAGAAUUUGUACAAUAUUUGGACAAUCAUAUUGGAGAAUCCGAUCUAGAUUUGACUCUUCUUGCAGCUAAGUACUCAACAGACACUUUUAUUCGUACAAGCAUGUGCGCUCAAAAUGUUCCUAAACAUAUAGAGAAUAUAGAUCUAGGAUAUUGUCUAAAAUGCAUUACUAAGAUAGGAUCGGCAAAGUACUUAAACAUAUUUUACCACAUAAACGCUUUGUGGAGUUUAACUACGUUGAAGAAGGAAUUUGAUAAGUACGUUAAUUUAAUGCACAAAGUUACAAAAUCGUAUAUUCAAAUGAGGAAAUCGGAACAUAACCGAAUUAAUCAAUAUACACAUACCGAGAGCUUUACAGAAAAGCCUGAAACAAUAACUCAUUUUCUGGACACUCUUUUCCAAGACAAUAAUUUUACUGAAGAUGAAAUUGCAUCCCAGGCCGAAACUUUUUUAGCAGCUGCAACUGAACCAGUUAGUAUUGCCAUCUGUUCCGUUCUGAUCAUGUUGGCAAUGUAUCCAGAUAUGCAGGAAAAAGUUUACGAAGAAGCAGUAGCUGUCCUUGGACAGGAUGGUGGAGUCACUGAUUAUAACUUGCCAUUGUUAAAAUAUACAGAAAGGGUUAUCAAAGAAACUUUGAGAUUGUUCCCACCUGCUCUCAUAUUUAGCAGAUUAGUAACCAAAGAUUUAGAUCUCGGUGAUGUAGUUCUGCCUGAAGGUAGUUCUGCAACUAUAAUGCCUCUAUUUAUUCACCGAAAUUCUGAGUAUUGGGAUGAACCGCUUAAAUUUGAUCCUGACAGGUUUUUACCAGAAAAACUUAACACAAGACAUCCAUGUACUUUUAUUCCAUUUUCAUUUGGCCCUAGAAAUUGUAUAGGUCAUCAAUUUGGAAUGAUGACUUUAAAAACCGUUAUAGCAAUGACAGUCAGACAAUUUCAUGUACAUACCCACUACAAUACCAUAGAAGAUAUUGAUUUGACAUUUGGACCAGUAUUUUCGUUUGCUCUAGGCGAUAAAGUUAGAUUUGAGAGAAGGAUAGAAGAAAAAUAAAAUUAUCCAGAUUAAACUUAAUUUUUAAUAUUCCGUUCCCGACAGUAAUCAAACGACAUUCGAAUAUUUGAAUACCAACUUAAAACUUAACCACUUAAAAAGGUUUAAGUGAAAAAAAGGUUGAAAAGUUUGUAAAAUAAAGUUUUGUGAUACAAGAAA